GAGAUGCUCUUCCCAUAGCCACUGGAAGAGGAAACGGGAGCAAGCACGGAGCAGGAAAGACCGGUGGUGCCGUGGAGCCCCUGAUUUGUGUGCUGGGAGUGGGGAUGGCAGUGGGAGAGAGGUUGUGAAGCUUCUCCCAGGAGCGUUCCUGCCUUUCCGAGCAGCUCUCAGCUGGCAGCCAGUGCUGAUUUCAUAGUAAUGCUCCUUUCUGAAUCGGUGCUCAGACUGUUUUGAAUACUUUCUGCAUGACUAAUUAAUGUUCCGAAAUGAAUUAAACGGUGCUGUUAAACUUCAGCCUGUGCGAACAGACGACCCUUCUUCACUAUUUUAUCUCGGAAUUCUCAGGGAGGGGGCAUUGCCUCUUAUCUAAAAGCCACUUUACCGAGCUGAGAUGUGAUGUCAUGGUCUGGAAAUACGUGGGGAUUUUCGUGCUCGGCCUGCCGAGACACAGCCGUGACUUCGGCGUGAUAAACCUCAUUAACGUCCUUAAAACCUGCGAGCAGCCGAGAUAACAAACCCCGCUGGAAACUGGCACGAGAUGAAACCCCGCAGCCUCGCAGCCGGAGUUUUGCUUGGCUAAAGCUUUCUGCAACCCUGUGCUGGGAUCAGGCGGUGAUUCAGCGCCGGGCAGACACUCCCAGCUGGAGCCGGGAGCAGGAACUCGCUGGCCGGUCACCCUCGGGAAGAGCAGCACCAGCCCCGCAGAGCGGAAAAGCUGCUGGGAAUAAGUUUAUUUUCCCUGGAACAAAGACGAGCAGGAGAAGCGCCUGAUUGUUUGAUCUGUGUACACCGGCGCGGAAUAACGCAGCAUCUCCUUUUUAAUGAAGCACGAAGGAAAGCUGGAGCUCAGCACAAUUCCCAGCCCGCCGGAGAUCCUAAUCUCGCCUUCCCAGCCCAGGAGAGCGGGCACUGCCGCUCCAUGAGCCGGCCCCGGCAGGGAGGCGAGCCCAGCCCGCUCCCGCAUCCCUGGAUCCCGCAUUCCCGGCUCCCGCAUUCCCGGCUCCCGGGCUGCCCCGGCCGCCGAGGGCGCGAUGGAAAAUCCCUGAGCCAGCGGCUGGCAAAUCCGGGCGGCAAAGGUGGGGAUCUUCAGCCGCCGCAUGAGCAGGUCCUGGCCGGGCCAUGGCCUGGCCACCGGGGCUGCUCCUGCUGCUCCUGCUCCUGUCCGGCCGCGCGCCGGCCGCGCGGAGCCGCGACUUCACCGCCAAGGACAUCGUCUACCUCCACCCCUCCACCACGCCAUAUCCUCGUGGAUUUAAGUGCUUCACCUGCGAAAAGGCCUCGGAUAAUUACGAGUGCAACCGCUGGGCUCCGGAUGUUUACUGUCCCCGAGGGACGAGGUACUGCUUCAGCCAGCACAUGAUGAAGGCCAGCGGGGAGAGCGUCUCUGUCACCAAGCGCUGCGUGCCCCUGGAGGAGUGUCUGAGCACGGGCUGCACCUACAUAAAGCACGAGGAGUACAAGGUGUGCACGUCGUGCUGCGAGGGCAGCAUCUGCAACCUGCCCCUGCCGCGGAACGCCUCGGACGCCGUGUUCGCCACGCUGGCCCCGCUCAGCGGGACACCGCGCCCGGCCCCGCCCGGCCUGGGGACACCGCUGGGGCUGAGCCUGGCGCUGCUGGCACAGCGCUGCCUCUCGGCCACAGGACAGGGACAGUGAGAGGGACGGGGAUGGGGACAGGGACAAGUGAGAGGGAC